AUGGCACCCACAUUACCAUCAGGGGGCCCUCCGAACAUCGGGAUGCCUACAUUAACCGAAAAGGCCAGCCCAGCUUCCAGCUGCAAGCUGUGUGCGACAGCCAACUUCGCGGACAACGCUGGUUCUGUGCAUGAUGCAGGGUGUACAGGACCAGCGACCUGAAGGCUCACCUAGAUUCCCAACCUUUUAUCCCCUAAGCCUAGAACUUAUUGUCCCAUUCAGCGACAAUGGUCACCUAGUGGACGAGCACAAGCGAUUCAACACGAUUCACAGCUCCAUCCUAGUCCAAAUCGAGAGAUCCUUUGGCCUCUUAAAGUGCAAGUGGAGGAGGCUCCAACAUCAUGACAUGCUGCUGCUGGAGAAGAUCCCAGAUGUCAUCGACAGUGCCUGUGUCCUCCACAACAUGGUCCUCAUCCAUGAGGGCAUAACAGAGGACUUGGAUGAGGACUAUGUUGUGGCACAGGCAUGUAACAUCGAGCCAGUCCCUGAUCCUGCAGACAACAGAGUCGCCCUACUUAACCAGGCUGUCCAGAAGAGGGACAAUAUAAUGGACCGGCUCGAAACAAUAAAAUAAUUGUUGUUGCACAAUGAGAAAAUUGUUCUGGUGUCCAUUUUGUAAAGAAAUAGCACUUUUAAUGGUUUAGAUGAAUGAAAUAGAAUGUAAUAGAGUAACUUUAUUCCAGAAUGAAAUUGCAUAGAGAACAAAAAAAGAACUGACAGAAUGUUUUUGUUUAUAUGUAUAUUGUCAUUUAGCAGACACUCUUAUUCAGAGCGACUUACAGUUAGUGAGUGCAUACAUUUUUCAUACUGGCCCCCCGUGGGAAUCGAACCCACAACCCUGGCGUUGCAAGCGCCAUGCUCUACCAACUGAGCUACACGAAUAUACAAUUUUGAAACAUACUCACUACUUAUUCCAAAACUAAUUUGCUUCAAUAACAAUCACUGCUCAUUCAAAAAACAUUUACUUCAAUUAACAAUCACUGCUCAAUCACUGCUCAUUCAAAAAAUGGAUUUACUUCAAUUAACAAUCACUGCUCAAUCACUGCUCAUUCAAAAAACAUUUACUUCAAUUAAAAAUCACUGCUCAGCGAUACCCUGCAAAGCAGGAGUGCACUUUUCCAAGAGAGAGUUCCUGUCUUGCUGAAUCUGGGUGUAGGUUCUCGCGGCUGUGUGUGGGUGUCAGUGUGAGGAGUGUGAAGGUUGGGUGCUGUAUGUGCUUGUGGCUGUGCGUGGGUGGAGUUGUUGGGGUGUGUUUCCGUGUGAGGGUUGAGUGCUGUAUGUGCUCGUGGCUGUGUGUGGGUGGAGUUAUUGGUGUGUGAGGAGGGUAAGAGUUGGGUGUGGGCAGUUUUUUGUGGAUAUACAGUACCAGUCAAAAGUUUGGACACACCUACUCAUUCAAGGGCUUUUCUUUAUUUUUACUAUUUUCUACAUGGUAGAAUAAUAGUGAAGACAUCAAAACUAUGAAAUAACACAUAUGGAAUCAUGUAGUAACCAAAAAAGUGUUAAACCAAGUAUUCUUCAAAGUAGCCACCCUUUGCCUUGAUGACAGCUUUGCACACUCUUGGCAUUCCCUCAACCAGCUUCACCUGGAAUGCUUUUCCAACGGUCUUGAAGGAGUUCCCACAUAUGCUGAGCACUUGUUGGCUGAUUUUCCUUCACUCUGCGGGUCCGACUCAUCCCAAACCAUCUCAAUUUGGUUGAGGUCGGGUGAUUGUGGAGGCUAGGUCAUCUGAUGCAGCACUCCAUCACUCUCGUUCUUGGUCAAAUAUCCCUUACACAGCCUGGAGGUGUGUUGGGUCAUUGUCCUGCUGAAAAACAAAUGAUAGUCCCACUAAGCGCAAAUCAGAUGGGAUGGCGUAUCACUGCAGAUGUUUGUGAACUAUUCCCCUUGUUGAACGUGCCUCAGCUAUUACACAAAAAGGGCAUCAUCAUCGUUUUCACAAUUUCAGAGUGUUAUUUCGACCUCAAAGUGUGGAAAUAUAAUUUUUAAAAACUGGAAAUCAUGUUUUUAACUGCACUGCCCCCAUAAUGAAGUUGGCUUCAUAUUGUGUUUUAAUAUUGGUCUUAAUGAAGUUGGCUUCUAGUGGCUGUGUUUUUGUCUGUUGGAAGGAAACCAAGCCAAGACUAGGAAGGAACUCCAUGGCCGUCAGCAAUCUUAGUUUUACUGGAAGAAAAACAGGACCGUACACUCAUUUAAUUUGAACACAGGCACAUGCACAGAGAUACAAUUACAGAUACACACACACAAACACAGACACAUACUUACAUCAUACACCCAUGGGUGGUUCUCUGUAGCUUAGCUGGUAGAGCACGGUGCUUGUAACGCCAGGGUAGUGGGUUCGAUCCCCGGGACCACCCAUACACAAAAAUGUAUGCACGCAUGACUGUAAGUCGCUUUGGAUAAAAGCGUCUGCUAAAUGGCAUAUUAUUAUUUACUGUACAACAUGCACACUCACACACCCCUGCAGUGUGCAGUACUGGUCAGUGCUUGUGACAGCUGUGGUUAGUGUGGUGUCCUGGGUUGGUCAUGCCAUGUGACUGAGGGUCAGAAAUGUGUGAGUGCAGCACAUUAGGGAAGCAGCACAGGCCACAUCACAUCAACCCCAAUGUGUCCACGUUUUACUCACACUACUCUACGCUCUUUGACUCUCACACACAUACACACGCACACACACACACAAACACCACAGGACAGAUACACACUCUUUCUACAGUACAUACACUCUCUCACUUCCACAAACCACAAAUAUUCCAAACCAUAAUGAAUAUCACAUACUUAGCCUUACACACUAAUUCUCACACAAAACACAAGAAAACACAUAGGACGCAAACAAACAACAUGAGAAACACUCUAUCGCGAACACACAUCUAUUACAGUGUAACCCUUAAUUCAACACAUUUCUCACAUUGCACCCCUCCCCUCUGUCGUGUCCCCUCUGCAGGACUCAUGUGAGAAGCCGGCAUGUUAUGAGAAGACGGUGACGCUGUCCAAGGAGCCCCAUGAUUCCCUGGGGAUGACAGUGGCAGGGGGCAUGUCCUCCCGCGGCUGGGACCUCCCUGUCUACGUCACUAACGUGGACCCCAACGGAGUGGUGGGACAGGAGGGAUCCAUCCGCAAAGGUACCAGCCUGAUGAUAAACCUUAUACAUCACAGUCUCACACACACUCACACAGUCCCACACACUCAUACAAUUAUACACACUCACACUCUCUCUCUCUCUCUCUCUUUCACUCUCACUCAGUCAUACAGUAAAUCAAAUCCAAUGUUCUGGCAGGGAAUUUAGCUCAUAUUUACCUGAAUUGCUCCAAAAUGGAUAGUUUCUCUGUUCCAUGCAGUCCCUGCUGGUCUCCAUGAUGCCAGAGCUGGUACUGCAGACAGGCUUAAUUUGUGUUUGUGACAUGUCCCUUGUGUAGAACAGACAGGGUGAUUGAGAUAAACACUCAGACUUGUGUUUCAUUACCAAGGUUAUUUAUCCAACAGGAAACGCAGGGGUGGUGUUACUGUUCAGGGCUCGCCAAAUUAAGUAUAACACACAUACACCCACCAACACACACAACCACUGACACACACACACACCACACUCAGAUUGUAUUAAGUAGCUUCCAGAGGAAAUGACAGGCUGCACUUUAUCAGCUCAUUAUACAAAAUCAGUCAGCUCUGAAAUAGACCAAACACAAACAAAAUAAUUGGAUACACUUGUGGUAGGCCUGUUACGGCUAUAUACUGCAGUGUGUGAGAGUAUAGGUGUAUGUAUGCGUGUUUGGGUGUCUGGGUGUGACGUUAGAACAUCCGAGGGAGCUCUCUGUGCCGGGCCAAACAUCAAAGGGCAGUGGAGGCAUUUAAACCCAGAACCAACUGCUCAUUUUAGGGAUCCGCCUCAGAUAACCACAGUACAGAGAGACCAGACCUGGGUGUACCACUUGUCUGUCCAUCUGAACACACAAUCCCCUACAUCUGUGUGUGUGUGUGUGUGUGUGUGUGUGUGUGUGUGUGUGUGUGUGUGUGUGUGUGUGUGUGUGUGUGUGUGUGUGUGUGUGUGUGUGUGUGUGUGUGUGUGUGUGUGUGUGUGUGUGUGUGUGUGUGUGUGAGGAGAGUGAGGAUGUGUGUAUGAUAUUUAGUGUUAUUCCCCUAGGCAUAAUUCUGAGUGUGUAUUCCUGUGCAUUCCUGUGUGUAUCAGUAACAUGCAUAUGUUUGUGAAUACAGCUGUCUACAUAAUAAUUAUCCAUAUUGUACCCUAGUGUGUGUGUAUCUGCAUAGUGCAUCCUAAUCAAAGGGGGUGGAUGUUGUCCUUUGAGCGAGCCUCCACUCCAGAUGGCAGCUGGCUGUGCAGUGUGAUGCAGUGCAGUGCUAUGUGUACAGUACUGUCUAAGCCCACCUUGAUUAUCUGGAAGUUAUUUGGUCCCACUGCUUUGUGUUCCUGCGAGAGGGGAUUGAAUAUUCAAUAGGCAGACGAGACAAGUCCCUGGGAACUUUUGCUUUUGAAAGGCAUCAGAAUCAAACAGUGGUCAGGGCAACAACACUGUGCUGAGCGGUGCUGUGUUCUGUCCUCCCCUCUGCCUGCAGGUGACAUCCUGCUGAACGUUAAUGGGCUGGACCUGACGGGUGUGACGCGGGGUGAGGCUGUGGCCAACCUGAAGAACACCACCUCCCCCGUGGUGCUCAAGGUGCUAGAGAUGAGGCCUCCGGAGGAGAGUCAGCCAGAUUGCCCCUCGCCACCUUGCCUCUCACCCUCGCCCACCGACAGCACCAAGCAGAGCCUUGCCACGCUGCCACACACCGACGACUACUCCCCACUGUGGGUGUCAUGGUUGCAGCUGCCCAGGUGAGAAGCAGUACCCCUCCAGCCAGCCUUCUUAUUCGACAUCUCAGUCACAUCUCAGAAGCCUUGCACUUGUCUUUUCCUACUAGCACCGUCUUUGCUGAUAACUUCUUUAUUGAGGAAAAAUUUACUAUGACUGUGAUAUGUGGUUGUCUCACCUAGCUAUCAUAAGAUGAAUGUACUAACUGUACAUCGCUCUGGAUAAGAGUGUCUGCUAAAUGACUAAAAUGUAAAAUGCACAAAUGUUCUCUUCUCCUAUAUCAGUCUCUCCUCCCCUCUGUCCUGACUAGCUCAGGCUUUGACAGGGCCAGAUGGGAGAGGAAUGCUAAUUAUAUACACUACACUCCAAGGUUUAGAACUCAGUCUUAUCCAUACUGUUGGCCAGACACCAAUAGCCACUGUUUGGCAUAUUUUUAAGCCCCUUUUGACAGACCAAUGUACUUAAUGAGCUAAUGAACAUAGUUAGGUGUUGGCUUCCUACUUGAGUGAAGGCCCUUAAUGAAAAGCACUAGCCAACAGCUAUGGGAGGGUACAGAGAGACCUAAAGAGGUAACAGGCUACAUUACAAGGCCAAUAUGGGACAGUGGAUGUGGAAAUGGAGGGUGAUGACAGAAUGAUGAAUAGACACUAGUGUACACAGCGUCUGGCCUUCUCUCCAUGGCCUUCACCGUCUCUCGCUCAUCCUCUUCAUCACAUCCCAGUCUCAGACAGUGGUCACUCUGACACUCUCCAUCCCAUGUCCCCCUCCCUCCUCUCCUUCUCCUCAUGCUCCUUUAAACAGCUCACGGUGCCAACUUUAAAGGGAUUUGCUCAUCAGACAAGCCUUCCCAUCUCUCCUGGGGUGUGAUGUGUGGCAGAGGUGUUGGAUUGAGGGAUUAAACCCCUUCUAGCUCUCUCGUUUGGAUAGAGGUCAGACUCUGGCAGAGCGAGGGGUAUGCCCCUUUCUCAACAAAUCUGCCACUGCUGGUAUAAAAAACUGUUCUUACGUAAAGAAAUUAAAAAAAUUCUCAGCACUGUAUUUUCACAGCUCUGCCUCACCUGGGAGGACAAGUCAUGUCCCCAUUCUCAUUGGACAACAGCCAAGCCGUUGUUUUUUCUGACAUACUGCCACGGGACUCUGCAUUCUCACUGCUGCAUAUGUGCACACAGUACAGGCUGGGCACACAUUUGAAUGCUAGCAGCAGUCUAGAGAUUUCCUAAUUUCCCUUUUUGUCCAUUGCAGGCACCUGUACUGCUGCAAAGACAUUGUGCUGCGCCGGAGCACCUCAGGCAGCCUGGGCUUCAGCAUCGUGGGGGGGCAGGAGGAGGUCAACUGCAAUCAGUCCUUCUUCAUCCGCUCCAUCGUGGAGGGCACACCAGCAUACAACGAUGGCAGGAUACGGUACGGACUACUAAACCUAUGUCUUACACAGGACCUAUAUCGCUGCAUGUCUGCUGAAUCUUCUAUUUUUCGGUGAGAAAUUAUAUCCAGUAUUUACCUAAUCGUUACAGUAGUCUUGUAUUUACACACUGCUAGCAUUGCUAUCUGGGCCUCCUUUACUAUACUGAGUCCAUCUCUAUGGUUUUUAAACCCUGCAUUAACCCCCCUCCCUCUCUGUGUGUGUAGAUGUGGGGACAUUCUGCUGGAGGUGAAUGGCAAGAGUACGUGGGGGAUGACCCACACAGCCCUGGUGCGUCUACUGAAGGAGCUGCGGGGCAGAAUCACCCUGACCAUCGUGUCCUGGCCCGGAAGCCUGCUGUAG